AUGACGAUCACCACGGCGGGCACCGCCGUCCACCUCGCCCCCACUGUCACCAAAAUCUUCUUCAAGCACUACUACAAGAAAGCCAAGCGUUCCCUCAAAUCACGCUCUCGCAAUGCCUCCACCACUGACCCUAACGAUCGCAUGAACGCCCGAGAUGAGUUUAUGUUCGAUGAAGCGUUCAACAUUGUCAAGUCCUUCAUCAACCUCGGUACAAGCGACACAGUAGAAGCGAUCCAGAACUUUACCGAUGCACCCGCUCCCCCGAUCCCGUGGGCGACAACGCUUCCCGUAAUGAUCCCCAUGGAGAGCUGCGACAAGGCUGCAGAGCUGAUUAUCGAGCACCUGGGAGAGAAAGAUCUGUCAAAAAUGGUGGGAGGAGAGAAAUGGUGGCAGUUACGACCGUUGCCUGGACUGCAAGGCGAAUGGAUCGCAAUGAGUAACGAUUGGAAGAAGAUGAAGAGUAUGGAGCGUAAACAGGCUCAGCAGGGACCGUCUGAGGGUGCGGCAGCUGCGAGCAAGAAAGCGGCCCAAACAAGAAGGAGGAGGAGGAACAAACGGCAUGAGAGAGCAAGAUCGGAGAUUCGUGCGAUGCGACAAAAAACUGAAUCUGCUAUCAAGCGUCGCUCACAGUCGUUCAAGCGCACUUCACAGGAUCGGGACAAUGCGAGAGCGGCAGCAGCUGCAGCAGUGGCGGAGGCGGAUCAAGCGAACAACGACACAGCUUCCGCUGUGGACACCGAAGAUAAAGUCCCGCAACCGAACAUCGAUGCAGCUGAUCUCUCUCCCGAAACCGAUGCAGAAGACGACGACGAACGUGCUGCAGAGCAAGAAGAACUCGACCGCCUGCAACGUGUCAUGCUCUACUUCCACGGUGGAGGAUAUUACUUUGGAUCGCUCGCUACUCAUCGAUACCAGAUCGUACGCUAUGCCCGAAAGUUCGGCGGCAAGUGUUUCGCUCCGAUCUACCGCAAAGCUCCCCAGUACCCUUGGCCGUGUGCGCUGCAGGAUGCAGUUGCGAGCUACUUAUUCUUGAUAGACCCACCCAAGGGCGCAAAGCACAAGGCAGUGGACCCGAAGAAGAUCGUUGUUGCAGGUGACAGUGCAGGAGGUGGUCUCACACUGGCUUUGCUGACGGUGAUCAGGGAUAUGGGCCUACCAGCUCCAGCGGGUGCAGUGUUGAUUUCGCCCUGGUGCGAUUUGACGCAUUCGUUCCCGUCGAUUCUGCAGAAUACAGCGACGGAUAUUAUUCCACCGUACGGUUUCAUUCAUAAGCCUUCAACCCUGUGGCCUAUCAAUGCUACGAAGCCGGUGAAGGAGGGGAAAAGUAAUGAAGUCGGGAACAAGGAGGACCAAGAGGGAGAGCCGAGAAGGAAAGUUCCCGUGGGUGUAGAGGAAGAAGGCGAAGAUAGCGAGAAGAAGGAAAGUGACGAGACCGAACCUGCAGCUCGAAAGAGCAUCGAUGGUGGACGCUUGCAGUCCACCGCAACCAACACUGACACUGAUAUCAAGAGGAGACCAAAGGAGGCUUCUUCUUCGUUCAAGCUUGACGACGGCGCCCCACCAGCACCCGACCUCCUUUGGUCAGAUCCCAUCUCCAUCCGCCGAUCCGACUCUUCGAAACAAGACAUUGAGCUGCGAGAACAGAUCCAGCUCUACGCGACCAACGAUCAACUCACUCAUCCAUUAUGCUCCGCCGUUCUCUCCGGCUCUCUUGGUGGUCUACCACCGCUAUUCAUCCUCGCAGGGGACGCGGAAGUGCUCCGUGAUGAGAUUGUCUAUCUCGCACACCGUGCCGCCCAUCCUUCCCGCUACCCCUUACGCAAAGGCCUUCUCGACCACUCUCAAAGAAGCAGGGAGAACGCCGAACAGUACGACUCGCAACCUACAAAGGUGCAUCUGCAGAUCUACGACCAAAUGUGUCACGUGUUGACCGCUUUUGCUUUCACUUCGCAGUCUCGCUUCGCCUAUCGAGCGGUGGCGAGCUUUGUCAAACAUGUGACUGGGGCUCCGACGAACAUCAAAAACCCAUUCCCUGCGGUGGAGGGCGAAGGGGAGCAUGGAGACGGAGAGGAUGGCGAGUGGGAAGAGGGGCACGGAGGUGGGACGACGGCGGUGGGGGAAGCGGAUGAUGGGAUCAGUGAUAAUGUUGGAGGUGAGGUUGUUUCACCUCCGCUGGCAAGUUCUUUGCAGAGUUCGCAGGCGUCGAUGAAUGUACCUGACGGAAAUGGAGCGGUGGAGAAGGCUCUGAACAUGACUCCUUCUUCGUCGUCAUCAGGAAGUGGUGGUGCGAAUGGAAAUGGAUCGGGUGGCUUGACUGCGUUGACGAGCAUCGACAGCAACUCUGGUGGCGGUAACAAGCCCAACGCCUCCAGCACGGACAGCAAUCCGAUCCGUGCUGAGCCAGGAUCCAUCGACCAACCUCCCAACGCCACCUGCGACCCCACCGUCACAAAGACACGACACCGAAGCAUGUCCAAAGUCCUCGCCGACACUCUUCACGGCCAUCCUUCCGGCUCUUCCUCUCGCUCUGCCACCCCCGACCCCAUCACCGGCCCCCGACGAGGCACCUCCGAUGUAGCCAACGAAUACACCGGCCAAGUACCCCUCCUCCGACCCUCCUUUCAGUCCUUCAUGAUUCGCGAACGCGUCGAUGUCCGAGGCUACCUUCGACCUCUCGAACACGAAAGUUCCCUUCCUGCUCUCCAAAUCAAUCCCGAAGAGAUCGGCUGCAUUAAAGAAGGCCCUGUAGAACGCUAUCUCGAUGGCCAAACGCAGUGGGCCAAACGCUUUGCCAAGACGGCACGAAAAGUCGAAAAGCAGCGCGCUAAGAAUGAACAACUCGCGCAUAAGAUGUUAGCCGAAGCGGCUUCACAAGGCUUGAUGGAUCUAGAGGGGUUGGAGAGAAAGAAGCGGGAGCUGAUGAGCAAGGCUAAUACCCCCGACGCUGAGUUCAAUGCGGCGGAUGGGAGUGGAAAGAGUCUUGGUUUGAGUGCGGAUGAUGUAGCUACCGGAGCAGAGAAGUGUAGAGAGAAGUGGUUCUGGUUGUGCGACUUUGGACCGAUGGAUUUGGUGAAUGAAACUCCUCCUCCUGCAGCUAUUGCUGGCAGGAGAGACACGGAAGAUGCGCUUAUCCUACUUCGUCGCUCACUUCAGAUCAGAGCGCGGGCCUAUGGAAUUCAGAGGAAGUCUAGAUUCUGGGGAGCUGAGGAUAAACCUGUACGAGCACACCUCAGAGCAGCGACAGGGACGAAACUGGAUACCAAAACAAGCACUGACCCAACCGGCGAGACUGUCGAUGGCGAAGGAGAAAAGAGCAAGAAGCAUCAUCACCAUCAUCGAGGGCUAAGAGUUUGGAACUUGUUGAUGGUCAAGAAGCCUCCCACUGCGGCUAAGGCAAAGUGA